CUUUUUUGUUAACAGAUUGUGUAAUGAAAAAAUGAUGUUGGAUAUUGGUACUAUUUGCCUGUCGCGUUCUUAAUAAGUGUUUUUUCCAAUUAUUAACGAUUCGAAUUUCUAUUUCUGUGUGUUUUUCUACUCAAUGUUCAGUGCUCGUUUUGAAUAGCGACAACUGUUUUUUUUCAUGUAAAGUAUAGUUCUAUUACAUCUUUUGUUUAUUAAUUAAUUAACUGUUAUUCAUUUAUACUAGUGUAUCAUAUUAAAAGCACUGCAGGUAUUAUGGCUAAGGUACAGCUGUCAAAUGUGGUUGUCCUAGAUAAUCCAUCUCCAUUUUUAAAUCCUUUUCAAUUUGAGCUUACUUUUGAGUGCAUUGAAGAUUUAAACGAAGAUCUGGAAUGGAAAAUGAUUUAUGUUGGUUCAGCUGAAAGUGAAGAACAUGAUCAAAUACUUGAUACUAUUUAUGUAGGUCCUGUUCCUGAAGGAAGACAUAUGUUUGUUUUUGAGGCCAAUCCACCUGAUGUCUCUAAAAUUCCUGAACAAGAUGCUGUCGGUGUAACUGUUGUACUAUUGACUUGUUGCUACCGAAAUCAAGAAUUUGUCAGAGUUGGAUAUUUUAUCAACAAUGAAUACACCGAUCCAGAAAUUCAAGAAAAUCCUCCUGCUACACCUCAGUUUGAUAAGAUGACUAGAAAUAUAUUGGGAACUGAACCUAGAGUAACCAGAUUUAAGAUCAAUUGGGAUGAUUCUGAGCAACCAUCUACUAGUAAUGGAAUGCAAGCUAAUUGUCAUGUGAAUGAGGAGGAUUCAAACUUACAAGAAAUGGAUGAUGAGGUAUCAUCUUUGUUGUCUUCUCAUGCUGAUAACAGUCUUAGCCAAAGUCCAAUGGAAGUAUUGUGAAUUGACUGAUCCAAUGUCCAAUUUAUUUAAAUAUCUAUAUUUUGUCAAUCUUAUAAAAUUUUAUAUUAUAAAGAAAAUAUAAUGAAUA